ACAAACAUGCAACUAAAUAUUCCCAUUUGAUCUUUUCCUGAUGAAGUGAAACAAACAACUUGAUAGAAGUAUCAGAGUACACCAAAAUUCAACCCAACAAAAAAACCUGGUUCGUAGGUGGUGGAGCGUGGACCAACAUAGGAAAAAACAGAACACAAAGGUGUCUGAUGAAGUGAAAGGUUGUGUUGUGAAGAGUGUUUCGAUUUCUAAGUAGCAAUGGAUGUCAGCGCCAAACUGAGGGUCGUUGGUAUUCUAUGGUUGAAAGGUGUAGGAGAGGCGUGUUGCCUUCAUCGCGUUCUUAUUCUCUGCAUUAGGUCGAAGAGGCUAUUGAUGCGAACUGGUCAGUGUUUCCUCUUAAAUGGUUUCAUUUUCUUAGGAAGUAUAUUCGUCCUAAACUCAGUUGUGAUCCCUGCAUUGUGGUGGAUAUUACCUGAUCAAUGCUCACAGAUUGUUUCUCAUAAACUGUGUGACUUAGGUGGCACUUUGAAAUUUUAUUCUUUCUUACGUCUUGCACUCAUUCAGCUCUUUUAUGUUCUUUGGUUUUACCCUUUAUAUGUGUUUAGCAUAGUUCUUAGCACCAUUUGGUACAAUGACAUUGCCAAAUAUGGGUAUGCUGCAAUGGGAAGAUCUAAGCUUACGGCAGAGAGAGGCUCAAGCCAAAACAACUCUUCACCUGUACAAAAUGCUAAACAUGUAAAAGGACCAUCUGGAUUGGGAGGGGUCAUGAUUGGAAUAGGACAGCAGGUGUACUCGAUACUCCUUUUGAGUGUUUUCUUUCUUGAGGUCUAUGCAACAGGAUUCAUACCAUACAUAGGGAAGCUGCUCAACUUUUUACUCCUCUCCUGGAUGUAUGCAUAUUAUUGCUUCGAGUACAAAUGGAAUUUCAAUGAAGUGGCUCUUGACCGAAGGCUGGACUACUUUGAAUCUCACUGGCUAUUUUUUGCUGGUUUUGGGAGCCCUUGUGUUCUGGCCAUAUUUUUUUUCUCUCCCCUCGUGAGUUAUGGGAUUAUGGCUAUACUUUUUCCACUGUUUGUUCUAACUGCAACUGGGUCGGAGUCUGAGCAAGAAAUAUCCUUUGAAAAACAUAAAUGGAGAGCUACAGGAGUGGAAAGACUUCCAAUAUUUUAUGUUGCAGACAAAGUGUCGAUGUGGAUGUUAUCUCUUUUACCCCUGGAGAAAAGGGACCAGGUACAAGACAGAAAAGCACAAUGAGAUUGUCGUAGUCAGUUAUUCUGGCAUAGCUGAUGACACGACAAAUUUUAUGUUGUAACAAGCUGGUGCACACGUGACUUCAGAAUUCAGACGCAGAAAGUUAAAGCUACUAACCACUGCCAGAUCCAAAAUCUCACCGAAAUGGUCCACGUUACAGGGUUGGCCUCAACUUGGGUUUGCAUUUUAGGAAUCCUGUUUGUACUCCUUCCACCACCACCCGUAACAUUAUAUACGAAUUUUAAAUUAUGCUGUGUUUCAUAUACAUGCUACAGUUGAGUCUUUUCCGUAUAUGCAAUAUAAUAUAUUAAAAGUGACAUGCUAAUUGAAACGUGGUGUGUGCUAAUAAUAUGUGCAUAUUUCCCUGC